AUGACGUCCGAAAAAAUAAAUUUAAUCGGUAUUCCAAUCGGUAAACUCAAUACUCGCAAACUUCCGACUGUAAAAGAAGUUUUGUCAUUAUUUUUUUACUAUCAUACAGUUUUGUGUCUGAAAAUUAAUGAAAGUGCAAGAAAAACGGCGCUUAUGGUUCGUGAAUGUUGGGAAAAGCAACAAAUUUCAACUACUGGUUUCCAGAACACUGUAAAUAAAAUCCUUGGUACUUAUAAAAAAUGGCAAUUACUACAGUGCAAUCGUAAGAGAACGAAAUCACAAGCUCAAAAUAAGAAAGAAAUGAUGUUUGAAGAAAAACUGAGAAAAUUAUUUAAUAUCGCUGGAAAAACCGGUUUGAAACGUUUGAAUGGAGAAAAGAUUCAGAUUUCUGGGUAUGAAAUGUCCGAAAAUCCGCAAGAAUUUCCUGAUAAUAAUACUUUACAACAAAUUUCUGAAGAGCACGGUGAAAUGAUGGAACUAGAUAAAGAACAAUUCAAACUGUCAGCUCGCGAAUUAAAUGGCCUUCGUCAGAUAUGUAUUUUUAUCGUCUCAAUUUAUAUAAAAGCCUGGUUCACUUCACCUUCAUCAGCUCCAAAUAAUGAUUUGAAUUUGAUGCAGCAAUUAAUACUCUACCGUAAAAUUAACUCGUCUGUUUCACAGGGAGCGAUUAAAAAAAUGGAAAAGCACUUAUGGUAUUUAAGCGACAAAUUAGCAGUUAUGUCAUUAUUUGAUGAUUCGGUACCAAUAAAUGUGAAAAAAAAAAAUGAUUGA